CUGGUGGGUCUUUGGAGCUGGUUCCGGCCUUCUGAUCAGACUCCCCGACCGUCCAAUAGAAGCCGAUAUUUUAGCGACGCAAUCGAUAACAAUGCUAUUGUGCGGGGUAUCGGAGAAGAAGCCGGCCACAGUCAGCAUCUGCCGUACUUUCCUUCUACACGAACACACUACUAAGCGCACAAUCGGAGCGAUGUCAUACGUCAAUUGAGCCCGCCUUUUUUUUGGGCAUCUGGAUUUCGUCGGCUUUGACUCAAGCCUUGCUUGAAAAUGGCACCUUCCGGCAAACGAAUGAGGAAUGUUCAUAUGAACUCCUUGCCGCCAGACCGCCAAGUAGCGGCUAAAGAUUGCCGCCAGUGUAUUAGACGCCGCAUCAAAUGCGACCGCACUGUUCCAAACUGUCAAAAGUGUACAAUCCGGAGCCUUCCAUGCCCGGGUUUCCCCCGGGUCCAUCUGCGGUGGAAUCAGGGGGUAGCCAGUCGUGGACGUUUCAGAGGCAAUGCAUUACCAGUUCCAAAAUCGAGCAGCUCGUCCGAGACAACCGUGGACGAGGCUCUCGAUUUUAUCGUUGGCCAGGAAAACGAUAUCAUCUCCCCGGUGAGAGACGUGGGCCUAAUGAACAAGCACCUCGCUACGUCGCUUGACGAAAGUCUGCUUCGGCAUUUCUUCUCGACGGUGGUCUCCCAUUUGACUUGGCUUGAUGACGGUGCAUGUAAUCCAUGGAGAAGCCUCAUCCAGCCUUUAGUCCACAGAUCGGAAUACCUUCGACAGUCCAUAUCUGGUCUUGCGGCCGCUCAUCUGUCCGCUACGUUGCUGGAUAAUGCCCAGUCAUCAUUUUUUAGGCAGAUCAAUCAUCGCAUUCGAAACGACACUUUGAAGACUCUGAGCCACAGAAUGCGCCUGGAACUUUGCACAAAUACUAUGACUUCGAGAAGGAACCCCCCGGACUUUUCACUCUUAGAGAUGCUUGCCUGUACUCUCGUCCUUUGCUAUUCAGAGCUGCACAUUCCUAGCUCAACGGAUUGGGGACUCCACCUUCGGGCUUGUCGCACCAUGGUUGAGAGAUGCUACCUGAGAUCUCGGAGAGAACUGCCCCAGGACGCUCUAUCAAGAUUUUUGAUCAAAGAAGUUGCUGAUCUGGAGACCUUUGGAAACCUUGCUGGUUUCAAAUAUGCAGAGAGCACAGGCAUGGGGUUGGACUGGAGAUCAUUCCUGAAUGGCAAUUUCUGGACCUUCACUGCACUUAUCAAUGAGAUCACUGCCACCGAAAGGCUACACCCGGAAUGUCUGGACAACGGUCAUAAUCUUAUCGAGCGGGAUAUGAAGGGGUGGCAUGGUAAACUCGAAGUGGCAUAUCAUCGAGCGACCGAAAUGGUUACUUGCUUGCCACAAAGUGAUGGCAUCCAACGCAUGUUCCGGACCAUAAUCGACGCCCAUUAUUACGCUACUCUGGUAUACAGCUAUCAAUGUCUCGCGCCUCAUGCAGAACACACCCAAACACUGAAAGGUUAUUGUGAUAUUAUCUGGCAUAUUGUUCAGUCUGUCACGGAAAGCUCAUACACGGCAUUCAUACAUGACGUUUUCUUUCCUUUGUUCAUUGUUGGCACUCAAUGCGCAACUGAUAAGGAAAGACAGCUUCAUGUCGAAUUGGCAUUCUUGCAGUCUAUAUCUGCCACAGGCUUUUGGUGUAAUCAGACUGCGUUGCAGAUGCUGCGCCUCUUCUGGGAGCACUCGCAUCAAAGCGAAAACGAAACCUGGAUUCAAUUUGCUCGAAGGAAUGAAGCGACAAUUGGUCAGUUUGUUAUCUUCUGAGCACAAGUCCUGGGCAGAGCUUUCUCUCAGAUCUUUCACGAAGGCUUAACUCAUUACCAGCUGGAUAGUUUCUUGCUACGAGCAGGAAACCAAUCACAUAUUGACGGUCUCUUCAUCCUCAACCCCAAAAAGGACUCUCAUUGGAUCCUGGUAGUUCAUGAAGCCCACCCCGGGGUCACAAAGCCCAUAGCCCAACAGUCUUUGAGCUUGUGGCUUGAGCUGUCUGGCUCUUUCAAGUGGUACCAUGAGGAACUGGUUCUCCGCAGGGCGCAGCGUCGGCUUGCACAAAAAGAUUCCAACUGUUUCACGGUAUUCGUCUCUGAUAAAUGCCAGAAAAUGAAUUAGCAAGACUUGAGUCCCCUUGAAGGUUGGAGGAUGGUGCAUGAAAUAUUGAUGUGCAUACCGUGUAAUGUUGGAACCACCAGCAUGGUAGAGGUUGCCCAAGAAGAUGAAUGCGUCUCCGGGCUGAAGCUCCGCAGGAACAGCCUCUUCAUUUAGUGGCCGACGCUCUGGUCCCCACAAGUGUGAGCCGGGAAUCGCAAUGGUGGCACCGUUCUCUUUCGUUGUCUUUGUCAACGCCGUCACACAGCCGAUCAUGACGGGCAUCAUUUGAUUUGUGGGAUGGUAAUCGCUUUUGACAGUUGGACCUGCUGCGUACCGCCGGGAUUUACACGAAAGCCAACAGUGGAGGAAAUGAUCGGCUUUCCGCUGACUGUCACUUGACGGUCAUUCCUCCAGAAAGUAAAAGUUGACGACACCAGAGCAUUAGCGACGCUUAUGUAGAAUGGGUUGCAGGCAAGCUCUACGCAAGCGUCAGAGAUGCCUAGCAAACCCGUUGCGCGCUGAGUAGUUGCUGGAAAGAAGCCACAUUUGUCUGGAAUAUCUUUAUCGAAAUGAGGCUUUAGGUCUUUCUUAAUUUGUUCGGCGAGGUCCUGGCCGAUGAGGUUCUCGAUGAUCACCCCACCGUCACGUUCGAUAAAUGAGAUUGCCUUCUCAGGUGUAGUCGAAGCGUCAGCAGUAUUCAGACGAGCAAAAGAGCGUCCAUUAUUCGGGGCGGUCAUCGUGUAAAGAAAGGUAAAAUCCGUUAAUUUCACCAAAAGGCUUUUAAGAAAGAGUCGUCGUGUCCUAGCGGCUUUCAAGGGGGCUCUACCUUCAGUCUUAU